UCGUAAAGUCUCGCGAUGAUCGCCAAUAGCGUCCAGCUAAUCCGUAGGAGCAACUGUUUAUACUCGGCAGGUGGUGGAAUUGGAUCUUCGUAAGCAGAAUCAAGGUUGUGGGAAAUCUUGAACACUCCUCACAGGAUCAUGUCUGAAUUGAGUGGGAAGGUCCAGACUGUGCUCGGUCUGGUAGAUCCAGACCAGCUUGGCCGCACUAUGACCCACGAGCACCUGACAAUGAGCUUCGAGUGCUGCUACUUCCCCCCUCCCGCAGGUGACGAGGCAGUGGCGGAGAACCCGUUUCAGAUGCAGCACAUGUACUGGCUGAGGCAAAACCCGUACAGCUGCCACGAGAACUUGCUCCUGAAGCAGGAGACUGGUGCUGUGCGGGACGAGCUGCUGGCUUACAGGAAAGCUGGUGGGGGGACAAUAGUGGAGAAUACCACCACUGGAAUCGACCGGGACCUUCCCACCCUUCGCCAGCUGGCCAAGGACACCGGGGUCCACAUCAUUGCAGGUGCAGGGUACUACGUGGACUGCACCCACACUGAGGCCACCAAGAAAAUGAGUGUGGAGAAGCUUACAGACAUAAUCAUCAGUGAGGUGCUUCAUGGCGCUGAUGGUACUGACAUCCGUUGCGGUGUGAUCGGUGAGAUUGGCACCGGCUGGCCUAUCACGGAGAGCGAAACAAAGGUGCUGAGAGCCACGGCUCACGCUCAGGCUCAGCUGGGCUGUCCUGUUAUCAUCCAUCCUGGCAGGAAUCCUGCUGCUCCAGCUGAGGUCGUUCGGAUACUCCAGGAGGCCGGUGGUGACAUCAGCAAAACUGUUAUGUCUCACCUAGACAGGACAAUAAUUGAUGAAGGUGAGCUGCUUGAGUUCGCUAAGUUGGGAAGUUACUUGGAGUAUGAUCUGUUUGGAACGGAGAUGCUGAACUAUCCAUAUAACCUGGAAGUGGACAUGCCCAGCGACAGCCAGAGAGUACAAGCCUUGGCGUUCCUGGUGAAGGAGGGCUAUGAAGACAAGCUUUUGAUGGCACAUGACAUCCACACCAAGAACCGCCUGACUAAGUAUGGCGGCCACGGCUACUCACAUAUCCUGAAGAACAUCGUGCCAAAGAUGCUGACGAGGGGCAUUUCGCAGCACCAGGUGGAUAAGAUCCUUAUCGACAAUCCUAAAUGCUGGUUGACCUUCAAAUAAUUCAAAAAUUAAAGGCAUGAGGAAAGCAA